CAGCGCGGUCCUGUGCUGUGCGCCGCUAAUCUGGUCGUGUCGUUUAGUAUAGCUUUGUCUGUUCCUUCGAGCCACAGUCAAGUUCGAGGUGAGCCUGAGCGUUCGGUUAGUUGCCGGUUUCGGGCAGUGCUGCUGUAGUGAUCAUUUCCUCCUACUUUACUCCGACUCCGACUCCGACCAAUCGCAUCGUAACGGGUUGUCGUUCCCGGUCGGUCGGUCGUUCGUCGCCUGCUGCUGGUAGUGGCUGGCAGUAAAACCGGCUUGAAGAAGAGAGGGUGGCUCACGGUGUGAUUUUUGCAGCUUGCAGUAAGUCGUUCGUAGCUAGUAGGUAUGCCCGGUUGGUUGGUGCUGAGUUUUUGCGAAUGCGGACGAUAGUUUUUCGCUGCUGGGAAAAAAACGUAGUGGAACAAGAUCGGGGUGACGACGACGACGGUCCCGCUUAAUAAGCAUUGAAUAGUGCGGUGCGUUAGGUGAUGCGGGAAAGUUGUCACGUCAGCUACCAUCAAAGUGAAUCUCGCGCAUGGAUUUACGGUGAAUUUGUACAGCUCUAGAUAGUGCGCUGAUAGCCGACAGGUUGUGUGAUGAGUACUUACCGACCAGUGAAGGCUGCUGGUGCGUAGUAGAGAGCGGCUAUACUAUGACUAUCAAACGUAAAAGUGCUAACGAAUAAAGCAAACAGUUGACCACUACAGACCGUCAGUUGACAUACAAACAACACUCGGUCCAUGGCAUGCUGAGUUGGAAUCGGAAUCGAGCAGUAAUCAGGCGGCUUCGUAGGUUUUCAAGUGUACUUUUGUUUAGAUGAGCACACAGAAUAGAUAGAUAUAGGUACUGUUGUUUGAUUGGAAGUGCAAGGUGUAAGUGGAAAGCAGCUGCUAGCUGAUGAAACAACAAUCGUGAAACGUUUUGCAAAUUAAACGCUAAUCGAAUAACGUGACAGUAGUGCGCUGGCUGCUGACAGGAGAAACUCGGUUGAUCGGUUGAACGUGCAUCUCGACAUUAAAUACUGUCGUCCACGGGAUUGUGAACCAAGCGGAAAUCGGCAGAGAGACGGCGGCGGAGGCACUAUUAACGAUCGCAUCCGCAGCGGAAAUUGAUAUUCCGCACCGCGUCGCGUCGUGUCACCAGAGCUACCAAUCAACCACGCCUGCUACGACUGCGACGCUCUAGCAUAUAGUGUAGUCCCCAGACGUCAGACGGUAGAAGAAAGCGUCGGCGGCGGUGGCAACGCCAGCAGCGGUGGCGUUUCGAUGGAUGGAUAUGUGUGAUAACUAAGUAUUCGCCGGAUCGCUUUUAAUCGAAUAUUUAUUUCGAAUGACAUCAUUACUACACCGAUUCAAGCGCGUUCGUUUGGCUAGAAGUGAAAAGUAGUAAAUAUCGGCAACGAACGGCAGAAACGACCGCACAUUGAUUUUUGCUCUCUUCUUCCCCUUGCCUUGCUUGCUUCCACUGCGGCAGUGAAAUAGUGAAAUAGUGAAACGAAAAUUGUAAAAAUAUGAGCGCUGCUGUCAGCGCUGAACCGGCAGUCGCCGGCGACGGCGUUACCGCCAACAAAAUCAACAAUAACAAUAAUAGCAACAGUAGCAGUAACAGCAAGAACAACAAUUAUGAACACGAAGCACGAAACAAUGGAACCUACGCAUUCGGGACCAUUUUGGAGCACAACACCCAGAUGACGAAUAACAACAACAACAUCAACUCAUCCUCGUCGGCCACCACCAUCAUGUCCAGCAGGAGCUCCAUGUCCAGCCGGUCUUCCUCCUACCAUAUGCAGCAUCUGAAGAGUGCCUAUGGAGCAUCCGAGGAAAUGUUGGAAACCGAAAAAGCCGGUCUGGUGGAGCGCGUGAACGACCUGGAGCGGAUAGUGCUAGAGCAGAAGGAUGAAAUUGUUUGUCUCAAAUCGACACUGGCCGACGUGCUGCGGCGGCUCAGUACGAUUGAUAACAGCUACGACAGCAACAAACAGAUGGAGGCCAACUCGGCGAGCAAUUCGACCUUGUCCAGUAAAAGUUUCCGCUUCUCGCGGAAUACCAUCACCCGGUUAAACUCCAGCGUCGACGAGAAGCGGUUCGGCGGCCGCGUGCCAUCCCGGGUGACCAGUUCGCCGUCCCGCAACAUGUCUACCUCGAAGGCGAGCAGUUUGGCCCAGAAGGCUAUCCACCACUCGAACGGGUCGCUGCAUUCCGACUCGAUGAGCAGCCAUUCGAUAUCGCCUGCGCCGUCGCCGUCCCCCAAGCAACCGAACAUGGCCAAUCUGACCGCAUCGGUCAGCGGAAUUAGCGUCGGCGGCGGUACACCAACGGGGGUUGCCGGCAUGGGCAAACGCUGGAGCUCGACCGGGGACUUCGUCAGUGGAUCGCCCGGACCGGUAGCCAGCAGUACAAGCAACAGCAUUUCGCGCUUUUCCACCAAAUCGUUGCUGAAUUUGAACAGCGGCGGCAGCAGCGCGGGCGGAGGUUCCCGGCAGGGUCACCACACGCACGCCUUCGUUCAGCGGAAGGAUGACGACGACUUCCUGAAGUUGUACAUCAGCGGCCGGCCGAUAGUGUUGCACAUUCCGGAGGCCCAGAUCGCGACGUACGAAACGACCAAGGUACAGCCGACUCCGAACCGGCGUUUGCGGUUGGAUUGGGUGUACGGCUAUCGGGGUAAGGAUUGCCGAUCGAAUCUGUACCAGCUGCCGACCGGGGAGAUGGUAUAUUUUGUGGCGGCUGUCGUCAUUCUGUACAAUAUGGAUGAACAAUCACAGCGGCACUACGUAAGCCAUACGGACGAUGUAAAAAGCUUGGCGGUGCAUCCAAAUAAGCUACUGGUUGCGACCGGCCAGUGUGGAGGACAUGAAGGACGCGAAACGUGGCCUCACAUACGGGUGUGGAAUUCGGUUUCACUGGUGACGCAGAACGUAAUCGGAAUGGGUGAGUUUACCGGUUCGAUCAAUUGUUUGUCGUUCAGUCGGGCGGACAGUGGAACGAUUCUGGCCGCAAUUGACGACUCCCCGGAUAAGAUUAUUUCGAUCUGGGACUGGCAGAAGAAGGAAAACGGGAAACGGAUAACGGAAACGAAGUGUUCCGUCGAUACGAUCGUUGCCGUCGAAUUUCAUCCUCUGGAUAAGGGGCAAAUUAUAACUAUUGGAAAAAAUCACAUUGCUUUUUGGUCGCUGGACCACAACGGGAUGCUGUACAAAAGGAUGGGUGUUUUCGAGAACCGAGAGAAACCGAAAUACGUAACGGCAAUUUCGUUCACUCCGACCGGGGAUGUUGUGACGGGAGACUCGAACGGGAACAUUUCGAUUUGGGCACGUGGAACGAGUGUAAUCAGUCGUUUCUUGAAAAAAGUUCACGAAGGAUCGAUCUUUUCGAUCUGCUCCCUGCGAAACGGGGGAUUCGUUUCCGGCGGAAAGGAUGGCCGGUUGGUUCUGCUGGAUGAUCUGAUGCGACUAAAGGCGGAACAACUGGUGGAGCCUCACUUUGGAGCGGUGCGUGUGGUUGCACAAGGCAAAGGUUCGCAGCUACUGAUCGGAACCACUAAGAAUUGCAUUUUGUCGGGAGAUUUUACUCUUGGUAUGGUACCCAUCGUAAUGGGUCACACGGAUCUGCUGUGGUCGCUUGCGUCCCAUCCACAGGUGGCGCAGUUUGUUACUGGAGGCCGUGAUCGGUUGCUGCAGCUAUGGGAUUCCCUAUCGCAUUCCGUCGUUUGGAGCAAGGACAUCGGAGAGCCGAUCCAAUCGGUACAGUUUUCCAACACCGGCGAUGUGAUCAUCGUCGGAGGCGUCAGCGGCCGGUGGAUGGUGUUCGAUACGUUUACGCGCGAACUGCUAGCGGUGUACCAGGAUGGACAGGACGUUAUCCAAACGAUCAAGUUCUCCCUGGACGGUAACUUGCUGGCACUCGGAUCGAAGGAUAGCUACAUCUACAUUUACCAGUGCACAAAGGUGUCGCACCGAUUCUCCAAAAUUGGAAAGUGCACCGGUCAUUCGAGCUUCGUAUCCCACAUGGAUUGGUCGAAAGAUAGUCAAGUGUUGCGAACAAACUCCGGCGAUUACGAAUUACUCUACUGGAACCCAACGCUCUGCCGCCAGAUCACCAACCACGGCACGGUGCGGAAUCUCGAGUGGGCCACCCAAUCUUGUACGGUGUGCUUCGAAACGGUCGGCAUCUGGCCGGAGAACUUCGACGGGACGGACAUUAACAGCGUCUGCAAGGACAGUGCCGAACAGUUUUUGGUCACGGCGGACGACACCGGCAAGAUACGCCUGUUCAGCCAUCCAGCUUCGCAACCAAAGUCUCUGUCACAUGCAUACCGAGGUCACAGCAGUCACGUAACAGCGGUUAAAUUUAUGCACGAUGGCGUCCGGCUGCUGUCGGCUGGCGGGCUGGACACCAGCGUACUCCAAUGGAGGGUCGUUUAGAACAGAUAAACGAAAACAAAAACAAAAUACAAAAGCGCAAUGCAGCAGCACAGCCAACCAGCAACAAAGCAAAUGCAGUAUGCAGUACUAAUUAUUGUUACACAUUGGGUAUUUAAAAAAUACACAGUAAAUGUCGUCAUUCACCCAAUCUUCCCAUCAGCGCAGCAACGCAGUGAAUGAACAGAGAGAGAGCAACACCAACAAAAAAGUCCACUUUAAAAUUCAAACACACUUCUAGGUGAUACUGUUGUUUAUUAUUAUGAGCAAAUAACGAUGCAUUUUAGAGCAGCAAAUAAGUUAUUAAAACUUUUACAUUCCGAUUAUUAGUGCGGAAAUC